AUGACAGCGAUCUUCCUAUUAGAGGAAACAGCCUUCAGCCAGUGUCCCCUGAGCCCUAGCCAAGCCUCCCGACCCCUCACCAAGCCCCCGACCCCUCACCAAGCCCCUAACCAAGUCUCCAGACCCAUAACCAAGCCCCUAGCCAAGUCCCUCACCAAGCCUCCCGACCCCUCACCAAGCCUCCCGACCCCUCACCAAGCCUCCCGACCCCUCACCAAGCCUCCCGACCCCUCACCAAGCCCCCCGACCCCUCACCAAGCCCCCGACCCCUCACCAAGCCCCCCGACCCCUCACCAAGCCCCCGACCCCUCACCAAGCCUCCCGACCCCUCACCAAGCCUCCCGGCCCCUAACCAAGCCUCCCGGCCCCUAA